GCGGGCGCCGGCGCCCGGGAGGUGGGGCCGCGCCGAGUCGCAGUCCCGGCCCGGCAGCCGCCGCGCUGCGCACCGCCGGGUGCCGGCCUGCGCCCCGAGCUCGAGCGGCGGCCACUCCGACUCCCGAGCCCGCGCGGAUGUGAGAUUCCGGGCGCCUGGCGCCUCCUGAUCGCCGACUGCUGCGCCGCGCGGCUUCGCCCAAGAGGAGGCGGCCAGGCUGGCCGCGCGGCUUGUGGAUUUUUAAAAAUUUGGCUCCGAGGAGGACCAUUUCCUCUCGACAUGCAUCCCUCCGGAUAGACUGAACAUCCCUCGAUCCAUCCCCCGCCCCGCGCGGUCAGAGGCAGGCGCUGGGUGUGCGAAGAGGAUCCGGGUUGAAAUCUGCGCCCCCGGUUCUUGUCCCCGCCCCGUCCCACCUCCCCCUCCCCCUCCGGGAGUCGAAAUUUCCCGGGGAUUAUGUUUCGGAAAGGAACCGGGCGAGGAAAUACAUGCACUCGCUGAGAAUCGCCCGCGCUAGGGCGCAACGCUACAAGGUGUAGGGAGAGUGUGGGGCGCGGUGCGAGGGGACCCCGGAGUCCCCGUGGCUCAGAGCGCCGGGGCGUCGGUUCUUCAUUCCUGCCCUCGGGGCGGACGGAGUGACCCCGGCCCCCACUCCCCGCCCCGACCAUGGUAGUGUUCAAUGGCCUUCUUAAGAUCAAAAUCUGCGAGGCCGUGAGCUUGAAGCCUACAGCUUGGUCGCUGCGCCAUGCGGUGGGACCCCGGCCGCAGACUUUCCUUCUGGACCCCUACAUCGCCCUCAACGUGGACGACUCGCGCAUCGGCCAGACGGCCACCAAGCAGAAGACCAACAGCCCGGCCUGGCACGACGAGUUCGUCACCGAUGUGUGCAACGGGCGCAAGAUCGAGCUGGCCGUCUUCCACGAUGCCCCCAUCGGCUACGACGACUUCGUGGCCAACUGCACCAUCCAGUUUGAGGAGCUGCUGCAGAACGGGAGCCGGCACUUCGAGGACUGGAUUGAUCUGGAGCCAGAAGGAAGAGUGUAUGUGAUCAUUGAUCUGUCGGGGUCGUCGGGUGAAGCCCCUAAAGACAAUGAAGAGCGCGUGUUCAGGGAGCGCAUGCGGCCCAGGAAGCGGCAGGGGGCCGUCAGGCGCAGGGUCCACCAGGUCAACGGCCACAAGUUCAUGGCCACCUACCUUCGGCAGCCCACCUACUGCUCCCACUGCAGAGAUUUUAUCUGGGGUGUCAUAGGAAAGCAAGGAUACCAGUGUCAAGUUUGCACUUGCGUCGUCCACAAGCGAUGCCAUGAGCUCAUAAUUACGAAGUGUGCUGGACUAAAGAAACAGGAAACUCCUGACGAGGUGGGGUCCCAGCGGUUCAGCGUCAACAUGCCCCACAAGUUCGGUAUCCACAACUACAAGGUCCCCACCUUCUGCGACCAUUGCGGGUCCUUGCUCUGGGGCCUCCUACGGCAGGGUUUGCAGUGCAAAGUCUGCAAGAUGAACGUCCAUCGCCGCUGUGAGACCAACGUAGCCCCCAACUGUGGAGUAGACGCCAGAGGCAUUGCCAAGGUCCUGGCUGACCUAGGCGUCACUCCAGACAAAAUCACCAACAGUGGCCAGAGGAGGAAAAAGCUCAUCGCUGGCGCCGAGUCUCCACAGCCUGCUUCUGGAAGCUCACCAUCUGAGGAAGAUCGAUCCAAGUCAGCACCCACCUCCCCUUGUGACCAGGAAAUAAAAGAACUUGAAAACAACAUUCGGAAGGCCUUGUCGUUUGACAACCGAGGGGAGGAGCACAGAGCCGCGGCCUGCAGCGAUGGCCACCUGGCGAGCCCCGGCGAGAACGGCGAAGUGCAGCUGAGCCAGGCCAGGCGCUUGGGUCUGGAUGAGUUCACCUUCAUCAAGGUGCUGGGCAAAGGCAGCUUUGGCAAGGUCAUGUUGGCCGAGCUGAAAGGCAAAGAUGAAGUAUAUGCUGUGAAAGUCUUAAAGAAGGAUGUCAUCCUCCAGGAUGAUGAUGUGGACUGCACAAUGACAGAGAAGAGGAUUUUGGCUCUGGCACGGAAACACCCGUACCUAACCCAACUCUAUUGCUGCUUUCAGACCAAGGACCGCCUCUUUUUCGUCAUGGAGUAUGUCAACGGUGGAGACCUCAUGUUCCAGAUUCAGCGCUCCCGAAAAUUCGAUGAGCCCCGUUCCCGGUUCUAUGCUGCAGAGGUUACAUCAGCCCUCAUGUUCCUCCAUCAACAUGGAGUCAUCUACAGGGAUUUGAAACUGGACAAUAUCCUUCUGGACGCAGAAGGUCACUGCAAGCUGGCCGACUUCGGGAUGUGCAAGGAAGGGAUUCUGAACGGUGUCACAACCACCACCUUCUGCGGGACUCCUGACUACAUUGCACCCGAGAUCUUGCAGGAGUUGGAGUACGGCCCCUCAGUGGACUGGUGGGCCCUGGGGGUGCUGAUGUAUGAAAUGAUGGCUGGGCAGCCCCCGUUCGAGGCCGACAAUGAGGAUGACCUGUUCGAGUCCAUCCUCCAUGACGACGUGCUCUACCCGGUGUGGCUCAGCAAGGAGGCCGUCAGCAUCCUGAAAGCCUUCAUGACCAAGAACCCCCACAAGCGCCUGGGCUGUGUGGCGGCACAGAAUGGCGAGGACGCCAUCAAGCAGCACCCGUUCUUCAAGGAGAUCGACUGGGUGCUUCUGGAGCAGAAGAAGAUCAAGCCGCCCUUCAAACCCCGAAUUAAAACCAAAAGAGACGUCAAUAACUUUGACCAAGACUUUACCCGGGAAGAGCCCGUCCUCACGCUCGUGGACGAAGCAAUCGUGAAGCAGAUCAACCAGGAGGAAUUCAAAGGCUUCUCCUACUUUGGUGAAGACCUGAUGCCCUGAGAAGCUGCUCCAGGUGGAGCUUGGUGAUGCUGCAGCAAGGGGUGCCGAGAAGAGCCCUCGUUCUGGAGGCUCAGAAGGCCUUGAACUGUUUCUCCUGUUCUCCAGAGCCCCAGUCCUUCGUCUACCCUCUAUUUAUUGCAUCCCCUUACCCCAGGCCGGCUCCUCCCCCUUCCAGCCGGGACCAGAAGGCACUCUUGGCUUUUGUCUCACCAGUGACGCAGAAUCGCGUGGGGUCAGCGGUCGGCUGGACACGCUCCGCGUUUGGUCUGUUGGCAAAAGCCUGUUUCCACCCCUCGGGGGCUCCUGGCAGCGAGGUGGCUUCAGCUCUAAGAGCAACAAGGAAAGCAAACGAGAAGACCGCGGCCGUGCUUCUGGACAUAGGGGCCCGAUCACUCUCACUUCUGAGAGCCUCGGUUCUGAGGCUCCCACUUUUGAGAGCCUGCCCCGCCGCGCCCUUCUGUCCAGGAGAGACAGGUGCUUCUUCGGCACGGGGGUGGGCGCGCUGUGACAGAGGCAGACUGCGAGGCGCGCGGGCCGGCUGAGUGUGUUGGUUUGCUCCACAAUGGCCAAUUCUUGCUUGCUUCGGUUGUAGCUUUUGGGCAUGGCAAAGUCGUGAGAGCAUGUAUCUCGUGAAAGAAAGCAAUCACUCUUUGUAGAAAAAGAAAUCGGAUUUUGAACUCGAUUAACAUUUGAAAAGUAUAUCAUCAAAUUGGCUUUCUAAUCGGCCAAAAGAUAUAAAUUCCAAUAUUAAAUGCAGGUAGACAUUAAAGGGCUAUUAUACAAUGAGAAACCAACUGUCCGGGGUUGAUACUAUUAAUGUUUUUGUAGUUUGUGGCACGCGGGGGCUGGCUGAAUGGGGAGAGAAGAAAACAAGUAGUGCUCCUCGCCUUCAAGUUCUGCCUGAACACAGAGGCCACUGCAGCAAUGGCCAAGACCCUGAGGUCCUAGGAAAACUCACUCCCAACUUCUCUUUCCAGUUGUGUUCCGAGUGCCCAGCACACACUCUAUUUAUUUCCUGCAACGGUGUGUUACUUUUGCGCACUUCUACAAAAAAAAAAAAAAAAAAAAAAAAAAAGGUAGUACUACUGUGUCGUGGUUUUUAGACAUUAAACAUGUAAGGUUAAAUAUGAAAUCUCUGCUUUUGGAGCAAGCAGAACGAGGCUAGACGUGGGUGAUGCGGAGGGAAUCCAGAGACCGAAGCGCAACUUUGUUUGCAAACUGACCAUGUGGCAAGAUGUACUUGGCAUUUUGUUUCUGUGUGACAUGCAAUGGCAACUCGUGUGGACACUAUUUAAUGGAUGUGAUGUUACCUCCUUGUAGAUAUGCUAACAGUGUUACAUUCUCUGAUUUCCAAGGGUUCUCUGUGGCUUUGUGUAUAUGUUUCCCGGAGGUUAUUUGAUUAUCUAUUUUCCUGAACCAAUUCAGCAGGGAAUGGAAUCCAUUCCAACCGUUGCACGUGGAUCUCCCAGCUGCCCCUAAAUAUAUAUACGUGUGAGUGGCAAAGUGGCACCAAUGAAGCUUUUUGCCUUUUGUACAUUUGAGAUUUUUGUAUAUAGUGUUUGCUGCAAGGCCUGUGGAAUUAAUUCAUUGAACUUAGAGGUAUCAACUGCUGCAUGUUCAGGCAUAUUAUAAAACUUUAGUCUAUGAAAGAAUAAUUAUAAUAAUGUCCAGGUGCAAUACUCUGUAAGCAUAGUGGUUCAAGUUACCGAGAGAUAAGGUAUGUUUCUUUUUUGAGGACGGGGAGGAGUCCUUUUUUGUAUUGUUUAUUUCACUCUGGUUUCUUUCAAAAGACAUAAACAUAGAGUAAGCUACAUUAAAUCUCACAUACGGUUCUCCUGUGCUCUAUUAUGCCCUGAGAGGGAUGGGGGAGAGAAAGGAAUGUUUUCACUGGUGGUUUCAAAGCUUGGACGGUGACCAGCUUGAGCCCAUAGAAAGUCGGUGUCCAUAGUUGCGUCUGGCUGGCCGCAGCCUUUGUUACCACAAAGGGCGACGUUUGGUUUUCUUUUGUUUUUGUUCUUUUAAAAACUCAGGUGUAGUUAUGAUCCGUUCUUACGAUACUCUGAAAUAUUACACUCUAUCCAUUUGCGUGUUUGGCGUACCAGUGACUGAUGGAGAACAGGUUAAUUUAAUUUAUCUUCGGUAACUUGACAUGCUGGGGGGAGAGACUAUCUUCUGGAGUUGAGUACAAGCACAGAAACAUCUUCAUGGUGGCAUCAUCUCAGUUUUUAAGAAGACAUGACAAUACUGCCCAUCAUCCUCAUGUAUCACUACUGCGCUGUUUCUCCUCUGCUUCCUUCACCACGGUGAACUUGGAACAAUUAAGCAAGCUCUACCUGCAAUGCCGAGCAGCCUGCUCCAAGGCCUCGGCGGCGGUCCCAUGUCAGCAGGGCUCGGGCCCUUCCUGCGGGACAACUGGCAUUUUGGCUGGGAAGUCAAAUAAUACAUUCCACCCGGCAGCUCCAGGCAGUCGUUUGCGGGGUGCCUGGCCCAGAGAUGCCCCCUUCCGGCACCAGAGCUGGGCUGGCUGGUUUGCCUCCUGCUCGGGGCCGGAGCUGAUCCAGUUCUCGCACAGGCGGGUUCAAAUCCCACGUCGUCUGUAGAAAACAGCUUGUGUGUUCCUUGAGUACUCAUUGUUUCAUUUCAAUUUUCACGAGGCUUAGGAAGCGGACACACUAUUACAUUUCUUUCUAAUCUAUCCAGCUCUUGAGUGCAAAACAAAAAAAUGCCAAAAAAUAUAUGAAGGAUAGCUGUUCUCCUGUGUUCUCUCAUUAUGGACUUUGUGAAGUGGAAACAUCGUUUUUUCCUCCAAAGGUGAAAAACAAAAUGCAUUCUUGCUUUAAAAAAAAAAAA